AUGAGGGGAGGUAGCAGACACCUCAACGAUGAGGAGGGUGUCAGUGGAUGUGAGGACUGUAUCAUCAUCAGUGGGACCUGCAGUGGCCAGUCUUCAGACACCAAGACCGUUCCUUUGAUCCAAGUCUCGGAGGGAAUCUGCAGAGUGGAUAGCAGAGGCUGCAGAACAAGCUCACGACCAUCCAAGAUGAAAGUCUCCAGCCUGAUUAGUUAUGUUCAGGACCUCACAGGAGAUGAAGAUGAAGAUAGGGAUGGUGAGGUGGGGGACAGCAGCGGCUCUGGCACUCCAGUGAUGCCCAAACUCUUCUGGGAGACCAGGACACCCUCUAAAACCCCAGCAGGAAGUCCCCGCUUGCUGAGCCCAGGCUCCUCUCACCACUCACAGACCUGCAUAGAAAAUGAGGCUAAGUCCCUCAGUUGGCAAGCCACCACUUCAACAAGUACACCCUGGCUGUGCCCAGCCAGUCCUUACCCCAUCAUUGACCUCACAGAUGAAGAUGUGAUACCGCAGAGCAGCAGUACCCUGUCCAGUGACUUGAGCCAGGUUGGCCAUCAGGGCGACAUGGAUACCUCCCAGGUGGAUGCAGAGGACAGAGAUGGAGACAGUACUGAGUAUCAGAAAGCCAGGGUGCGAGCUGGCAAGACCUUCCCCAGCAGCCCUGGAGAGUCACUGGAGGACCAGCUGAAGCCCAUGCUGGAGUGGGCCCAUGGGGGCCUCAAGCCCACUGGGAUCGAGGGCCUCAAACCCAACAACAAGCAACCAGAGAACAAAAGUCAAAGAUGCACAACCGAUGACUCUGCCGCUUCUGAGUACUGUACCCCACCCAAGCGCCUCAAGACAAAUAGCUCUGGUGGGAAGGACCGAGGGGAGGAUGAGGAGAGCCGAGAAUGGAUGGCUUCUGAUGUCACCAACAACAAGGGCAAUCUGGAAGACCGCUGUUUGUCCUGCGGUAAGAAGAACCCUGUGUCCUUCCACCCCCUCUUUGAGGGUGGGCUCUGUCAGACUUGCCGGGAUCGCUUCCUGGAGCUCUUCUACAUGUAUGACGAGGAUGGCUAUCAGUCCUACUUGUUUGAUGGAAUUGCGACAGGGUACUUGGUGCUCAAGGAGUUGGGUAUUAAAGUGGAAAAGUACGUUGCCUCCGAAGUCUGUGCAGAAUCCAUCGCUGUGGGAACAAUUAAGCAUGAAGGCCAAAUCAAAUAUGUGGAUGACAUCAGGAACAUUACAAAGGAACAUAUUGAAGAGUGGGGCCCAUUUGACCUGGUGAUUGGUGGAAGCCCAUGCAAUGAUCUUUCCUGUGUGAAUCCUAUCAGGAAAGGCCUGUUUGAGGGCACUGGCCGGCUCUUCUUUGAGUUUUACCGAUUGCUAAAUUAUUUACGCCCUGAGGAAGAGGAUGACCGUCCAUUCUUUUGGAUGUUUGAGAAUGUGGUAGCCAUGGAGGUUGGUGACAAGAGGGACAUCUCACGAUUCCUGGAGUGUAACCCAGUGAUGAUAGAUGCCAUCAAGGUUUCUGCUGCUCACAGGGCCCGGUACUUCUGGGGUAACCUACCCGGAAUGAACAGGCCCGUGAUAGCUUCAAGGAAUGAUAAGCUCGAGCUGCAGGACUGCUUGGAGUUCAGUAGGACAGCAAAGUUAAAGAAAGUGCAGACAAUAACCACCAGGUCAAACUCCAUCAGGCAGGGGAAAAACCAGCUUUUCCCUGUAGUCAUGAAUGGGAAGGACGACAUUCUGUGGUGCACUGAGAUCGAAAAGAUCUUCGGCUUUCCUGCUCACUACACAGACGUGUCCAACAUGGGCCGUGGCACCCGCCAGAAGCUGCUGGGAAGGUCCUGGAGUGUGCCAGUCAUCAGACACCUGUUUGCUCCCUUGAAGGACUACUUUGCAUGUGAAUAGUUCUACCCAGGACUGGGGAGCUCUGGGGACUUGGGGUUAGUGGCCAGAAGAGUUAGGAGUCAUACUGAUCCUUGAAGCACCCCAGCUCUGCCCUUCCUCUGCUCGCCUCUGUGGGGUCUCACUAUACAUACAGUCAGCUCUCUCCUGCUCAGUGGUAGCAGAGCCUCCAGGCUCUACAGGGGAACUCCCUGUGCACAGCUCAGACUAGCAUCUUAGAGCGGCCCAACAUGCUUCUCACGUUUUUCUCGUCUAAGACUUUAAAACCAAGCCAGGCAGUGGUGGUGUACGCCUUUCUUCCCAGUAUUUGAGAGGCAGAGGCCAGCCUGAUCUAAAGAGUGAGUUCCAGGACAGCCAGGGCUACACAGAGAAAUCCUGUGUUGAAAAACCAAAACAAUCCAACUAACUAACAAACCAAACCAAAAAAACAAUAGGAGAGCCACGUGGCAACGUGGGGAAAGCCUUGCUGUGUUUCCACACUCUUUACUGCAUUUUAGGCAGUGGCAUAAGAGUUUACCGUUUUGUUUAAUUAAAGUCAGUAUUUCUCAGCAA